CUCCGAGCGCUGCGGGGCGUGCAGCCUUGGUGGGAUGGGUAGCCUGGGUCUCUGGGCGCCAGUGGCCUGACCUUGGAGUAUGACAUUUCACUCCCCGUUUGUGUAAACAGAGUAGUCUUGAGUUUCCAAAUGCGGCCUCUGGCGGCAACCCCCCUCACCCCCACCCCACAUCGCUGCUUUACCAGGGUGACCUCCCGCUCCGCGUUUGAGAGGACCUGUGCUCUCGGAGACAGACACCCUGGCAUCUUGAAAACACCAGAGGAAGGAGUACUUACUCCAAGCCCCGGCCACUGAGUACUAUUAAUGGGAGUAUUUAAGACUUUCACGGGGAAGCGGCGGCGUCUCCGGAAUUGCAGGAGCGCAGGUGUGCUCCGGGAUACCUACCUAGAGCUAGCCACGACGCUUCGGCCGGGGCUACACGCUCUGUGCCUCGGUUUGCGAGCUGAACGCACCCGCUGAAGGCGAAAGAGAUUGGGGGUGGGGGGGUGUUCGUUUAAUUCGCAGCGCCAGCUCUCCGCGGGCGACGCCACACGCCUGGGAAAGCGUCCCUUGGAGGGGGAAAACCCGCUUUGAUCCUGGGAGCUGGUUCAAUACUUGAAUCUCAGUGGUCAUAAAGCCAGGCGAGAUGGAGAACUGUUCCCGGGGUCUAGAAAAAGCGCGAUCCCCGAAGCGCUUGGGGCGAGUUCCCCUGGCCAGAGUGUUGGGGGGUGCCCGCAGAUCCCGGCCACGGAUCGGCCCCGCGCCCGCCCCGCGUCCGGGGCUCACAGGCGCCGGGGAAGCGUCUCCCCGCUCGGCUCUUUCUUCUAACGACUUGGCGCCUGUCGGAAGCAGCGCGAGCCAACCUGGGCACCGGCAGGAACCAGAGCCAGACGCGCUGGAGAACAGAAUCACCCCAAGAACGAAUCCUUCCCCCACCUCAGCCAAAUUGAAGAGUCUCUGGCAGGGACUGUCACCUCUGCCGCCUCAAGAGAGCCCCUAGGGCAGGCCCUGGCGCCUGCAAAGCCCAAAGGCUGGCGCCAGGCCUGCAGUGGGUGAUGAAUUGUUGCAUAUGGGGGUUAUGGUGGUGUCAGCAUAGCUUGGAAGGGCCCGCCGUGCCCAAGCCUGCUACUCCCCCCUUUCCUGCUGGCCUCAGGAGCCACCUUAAGCAUAAGGUCAGGAGGGCACUUGCCCCUUUCGGUUCACUAUAGGGUCAGUGCAGGCAUCCAAGCUGCCUCUGGCCUGUCUGCAGGUGGGUCAAAGACAGAAGCCGGGCCUGGAGGUGAUGGUGUUGGGGGCUCUUGGAGACUAAAGCACUGGUGGGAACUUCCGUGCUGGAAAGGUCCAGGGAGCUUCUGUCAGAAGGACAAAAAGGCAGAGUCUGUUGUGGCCACACACCCAAAGGCUGGAGCCAGGAUAGACGGGGAUGGAGGUGAAGAAGGGGAGCAGAGC